AUAUGGCGGACAUGAAUUGAUUUUAUUUAGUUGAACGUGUUCAACUUCAAAAUGAAGGUCAUUUGGUGGAAUAUUACACGUAUUUUAUCUUGUUUUACAUACAUUAUCAACUUAAUCAAGAGAAUUUUCGGUAAAGGACGAAAUCGCAAGAACAGUGGCACGUCAAAUGCCUUGCCUGUUAUCAAUAGCACUGAUCCAAGUCAACUACAGCCGACGAAUGAGAGUACAACUCAAGACUCAGAGUGGACAGAGUGGGGUAAUGAUGAACAAUUUAGUAUCAAAAUAGAACCCUCUACCCCACCCCCCUCAAAUCAGCAAGAUGACACCAGUGCUGAGCUGAAUACUGAGGAUUUAUUUAGAGACAUGACCCCAGUGUUCAAGAAAGCAAAAAAGAUUGUAAUUAAAUCCAAGCAAACAGAGUCUGUAUUACAAAGUAAUAGUUCACCAAGCCGACUCAAUUUUGACAUGAACUAUCCACCGACACAGACCGAUCUGGGAUCGUGGGAGGACACAWCGGGAGGAUGGGAUGAAAAUGAAAUAACAGAAAGGGAAAUCGAAUGGGAAACUGAAAAUGUCAUAAAACAGAAAAAACAAGCCGAACGUGAAAGACGAGCGCUAGAGCARCAAAGACGUAAAGAAGAGCGAGAAGCGCUUCGUUUAUCAAAGAAAAACCAGCAACAUCUUGGAGUAAAAGUCAACGCCUGACCAGACAUUAUGAACACUAAUGAAUGGAUAAUAUCCAGUAAUCAAUCUGUUUGCCAGGGAAAAUCUUUGGGUUACUCAACAGUCGGUAUUUUGAACUCAAUUUCAUAAUAAUUUAAUUUAAGUUUUUAGUAAUUUAUGUUCUCCCGUGUCAAGUGAAUUAUUAAGGCUACUUGGACGAAAUUUGCAAAACAUUAGGGUGCUUUCCAUUUAGGCAGAACUGGCCGGCCAGUCCACUCUAUUUAGAGGUUUUCGAGGUUUUCUG